AUGGCGGGACGGGGAUGCACCUCUCUUGCCCGGCCCUUCCGUGGCAGCCCGCAGAAGAGAACCGGAGCCGCCGCCUGAGGCUGAGAAGGGCGCCAGCUGGCCGCUCUCCCGACAGCUGCCAGGAGGGACCGGCGGGGGUCGCUCGCCUGGCUGGUCCCCUGGUGGGACUCUUGCUCCAGCACGGGAGGAGGCUCCCGAGACGCAGCCGCCAAGGCUGGAGGCACUAUUUUUAAUUGACUGCUCCAAGAACAGGCCAUACCAUGGGGAGGAAGCUGGACCUAUCUGGUUUGACUGAUGAUGAAGCUGAGCAUGUCCUUCAGGUGGUCCAAAGAGAUUUCACCCUCCGCAAAAAGGAAGAAGAUAGAUUGAGUGAGAUGAAGCAGAAGCUGGAUGAAGAAGGUAACAAGUGCAGCAUCCUUUCGAAGCAGCACAGCUUUAAUGAGCGCUGCUGCAUGCGUUGCUGCACCCCUUUUACUUUUCUCAUCAACACCAAGCGACAGUGCCAAGAUUGCAAAUACAACAUCUGCAAGAACUGCAGCUCCUACCAGAAGAAGGAGAAAGCUUGGCUCUGCAAUGUGUGCCAGCAAGCCCGACUGUUAAGAGCCCAGUCCCUGGAAUGGUAUUAUAAUAAUGUGAAAAGUCGCUUCAAACGGUUUGGAAGUGCAAAAGUCUUGAAGAAUUUAUAUAGAAAACAUCGACUGGAGAGUGGAGCAUGUUCUGACAUACUAGAUGCCGGAAGCUUCUGUGAGGGAACCAUAGAAAAUGAAGGAAGUAUUUGUGGCAGUGAUUCUACAUUCUACAGGCAGACAGAAGGACACAGCAUGAUAGAUACUCUCGCUGUGGCAUUGCGAGUUGCAGAAGAAGCCAUAGAAGAAGCUAUUUCUAAGACAGAGUCAUACAGUGACAGCUUGGAGAAACAGAACGAAGCUUGUUAUUUACGAGAGCACAAGGAGGAGCUGAUAGAAGAGCUGGCUACUACUAUUGUCCAGAAGAUUAUAAGAAAGCAGAAAAGCAAAACUGAACAAGUGGACCCUGGUUUUGAAUGCCCACAGUCCAGAAGCCGCGGCUGGACUGCUGCCUCGAAUCAAAGCAUGCUGACUUCCCCGGGCAGUCGCAGAGGAUCUUACUCAUUAUGGAGAUCUCAGUCUGCAUUCUCGCUGACGAAUGAAGAUGCAUCAGGCAGAGAUCCCGACCUCACAUCUUCUGUGGCGGAGAGUCUUUGGAGGCAACCAAAAGGCUCCAUCAGGAAACAAAAAGAGCACAGUUUAUCCGCAUUACCCAGCUGGAAGAGUGUGGACCAAUUAAAUGAACCAACUCUUCCAUCUGUUUUACAAAGCACAGAUGGGAACUGGGUGGCCUUGCAAAAUAUCGCUUUGCCUCGCCCUCGAAUGAUCGCCAAGCCAAAGAGCCAGGUAUUCAGAGUCCUGGAGAGCGAAUCUAGUGUCGUGUCUGUUUACGAUGAGAUGGGGUCAGAUAGUGAAGGCGACUAUGACUGGAAUGUGGCAUUGAACAAGCUACAGCGAAGGCCCAAGCCAUUGUCCGAAGAACAGCAUUGCGUCGAUCCCCACUGCAACUUGGAGUGGGCUUACAGCAAUGACCUGCACCAGCCUGUGACUUCCCCUUCAUCUGGACUAUUUACCAACACUGAGACAAUGUGUUCUGAUUCUGAAACAUCGUCUGUUGGCUCUUCAAGGGAUGCUGGAGGAUCCAGUCAUCUUCCUUGGACACAAAGGAGGACACGUCACGAUAAACCCAGAGGAGAAAAAGCACAAUUACACGGAGAGCUAGAUGUAAAUUUUAAUCCACAGACUGCCAGUUUAGACUAUUCAGACAGCAGUGAAAGCGAGGAAGCCUAUUAUGACUUAGAAAAGAGAUCGAGGAGGUGGAAAAAAGGCAAGGCUCUUUCUGAAGACUUAUGCAAAGGCAAAAAUCGUUCAAAAACCCUCAAGAAGAAUUUGAGCACAAGUCAGGCAUCUGAUGAUUUAUCAGAAACUGACAUCAGCAGUGAAGACCAGCACCAUCAGCCCACGGCAGACUCUAUGGAAGAGAAGUUCAAAUCAAGAUUAUUUGAACUAGUUGCUAAAAUGAGCGAUAAUAAGGAAUCUUCUUCAGAGGAGACUGUGCUGGAGUCAAAAACAGAGUCUGAGACCCAGAAAUCUGGUUUGUCUUCUGAAGAGAGUGGCAGAUGCGUUCAGGAGGAGCUAAAGAAGGAAAAACAAAAGGCUUUUGAUCUCCAUCUUAAACUUCAGUUUUUAACCUCAGCACUACAGCAGAAAUACUCCGCUGUGUCUCUCUGCAGCAUAUCUACGGAGGUUUUAAAAGUCAUCAAUGCAACAGAGGAGCUCAUAGCAGAAUCCUCAGAGCCUUGUGAUAUUCCAGCAGACGCUUGUGACAGAGGGAAAGGGGAAUUUCCAUUAGGUACAGACCCUAUCAGACUUGACGAGCAGCUCACAACACUGGAAGAAAAUGUGUACCUGACAGCUGGAGGCGUAUAUGGAUUAGAGAACCAACUCAAUGAGCUGGAGGAUGCAGCACGCAGAAUUAACAGCAUCACUGCAGAAUCUGAGCUGGCUGAUUUGGAGGACCAAGUGGCAACGGCAGCAGCACAAGUUCAUCACUCAGAGCUUCAGAUUUCAGAUAUUGAAAGCAGAAUUUCAGCACUUACAGUUGCAGGCCUAAAUGUGGCUCCGUGUGUUCACCUGAUGAGAAAACGUGACCAAAAGCAGACAAACCAGAUGCACACAAUAGAUACAUCCAGACAACAGAGACGAAAACUUCCUGCUCCGCCAGUGAAAGAUGAAAACAUGGAUGCCUCUCCAGUUAGUCCUGACAGAACUUUUAACAAGAAUUUCAUGCUUCAAGGAUCUCUGACGCAAAGAACUAAAGAGAGAAAAAGCACUGCCAAGGAUUUAAUGGAACCAUCUAUAGGGUCUGCUGUAAUGUACUAGAAUUACAAAGUUCUACUGCCAAUAACACACUGCCUAAGGCUGCACACUACAGUGCCUUUAUAUAACAGCCAUUGUACACAUCCAAUAAAAAUGGACCCUCAAGAACCCACAAUGCCUCAGUAAUAGGGCUUUGUUUGGAUACCUCACUGAGAAAGCUGUUCAAGUCUUCAGCAUUGUGGUCUUCUGUUGGAAACUCUGCCUUAAAGUUCUCAUGAGACUCCAAGAAGGACGUUGAGUUUCAAGGCUCCAUGUUUUAAGAUGCACUUUCCCCCCCACAUUGUCAGUUGUACUGAAAUAUCUUGUCUUUAAAAUACAUUGAGGUGGAUCCUAACUACCGUCUUUGCUGCAUUCCCUUCCCCCCACAGUAGUAAUUUCAGACCUCUAAAGAGUAGAUACCAGGAUAAUGGGAUGAUGACGCCAAUGAGGACUGAAGAGACUGAAAUGCAGAGGGGGCAAAAUCAUGCUCUGUCAGCUUCCCUUUUCACACUUCACCCCCCUCCUCCAAACCUGCAUAGCUGUUAAUCAUAGUGGGUCUACAUUGUGAGGAUCAGAAAGAACUGCAGGACCAGAGAGGAAUGCAACAAAGAUCUGGAUUUCUUCUGUUGACAGUAGUUGGGAUCCAACCCAGAAUGUUUUUGUAUUCAUAAAUCAUUCAUUAUUUGUCAAUCGAAGACCAAGAAAGAAUGCAAAUCCUCCAGUUUUGUGACCCAUGUUUACAGAUAUCUUACUGUUCAUACAGUCAUAGAACAUAUGCCUUGCCGAGCAGUUUUAAGUAUUCCAGGUAUAGCUAUUAAACCUGAAGAAAAUUGUGGGGAGUAGUGAGAAGGGAGGAAAAUUAUUUAGUGGGCCUAGCCUGGUUAGAUAAGCAGUUUUCCUUAUUUCAUUUGCACUUAUAUUCCAUUAUGGCAUGUUCAGAUAUAUGAUCUUAGGACACUCACUUGCUAAGGGAGAUACGUUUGCUGGUUAAAUGGACAUUCACGUGGAGCAAUAUGAAACCUAUUCUAUUUCCGGGAAACAGCACUUUUUAAAGACCCAGAAGGAAGUCAGUCAUAAUUUUCCAGACCUGAAAUGGCUCAGAACUCCACAAUUUAGAAGCCUAAUCAAAUAGACAACAUUACACAGGCUUGAAUCCCAGCAAAAAGGACUGCCAAUGGAAGGAUUUCCAUUAGUGGAGGAUAAUUUUGGCCCCUCCCUCUUCCUGCUGCAGGCCAAAAACGCUGCACCCGGAAGACAAGAGCACCUUCAGGAACAGCAUGAAGGGGGAAUCAGAGGUGCAAACUUGGAGGAGGGAAUCUGUGAAAAUGUUAUGUGGGAUCCAUCCCAUGAGUCUUCUACAUCUCUGAAUGCAAAUUAAAUUAUAAAGUUGGACUGUUUACAUGAAUGGCUUUUUGGCAAUGCAUAUUUGCAGCUUUAUUAUCAGAGCUAGAUAGUCUUUUUUUACUGGAAGAGUAAUAUUUAUUUCUGUGUUCACACCAAAAUGUGCGGAAGGAGCUUUCAGAUUUUUGUUCCUCUCCAAAUAAUUCUGAUUUUCAAAAAUUAAUUGUUCAGUUUCAGUGCUUUCGAUGACUAUAAUCUAGGCCAGGAACAUGGCAUCCACGGGCACCAUGGCACCCACCCUUUUCUGGCCCCCAACAAGUGUGCAGGGCUUUUGAGAGUGAUGGGGCUUUUGAGGUCUGAUUGGCUGUGCAAAUUCUGAAAACGUUGCUUUUGUGGCAGCUGCCACCACAGCACAAAGCUCUUAAACAUUAUGUCCAUUUUUGAAAAGCCAUCCUAUUAAACAGGGCUUUUGCCCAACAUGCUUAAGAAUUAUUAUUACAGUUAUACAUACUCAUUGCCUCCUGUGGCAGCCCUUUUUUGGUUGCAUCCACCACCCUCUGCAGGAAUUCCAAAAGUGCCCACAGGCUUGAGAGUGAUACCCUUCUAUGCCCGGUGGACUUAGAAGAGGGCAUCUCUGAUUAGGACUGCUCUGUCAGGUGGUAAAUCGUGGUGCAGCAAGAUGAUAUCCUUGGGCUGUCUCUUAACUAAUUGCUGUACAUCUAGAACUCUGAAGUUUCUUGCCAUCACAUUUCAAAUCUCAUUACACCCAUACACAAGCAUCUGAAGGCUAGAAGAAAGCUCACACCUUCAUUAGUGGUAAGAAUGAAAAGCUAGUAAAAGCAAGUUAGUGAUUUUGACUAUGUACCUGCAGUGUUAGUUUCAUUCAUUUCUGUUGGGUUUGUGUACUUCCCGUAUCCAUGUUUCCCACGAACAUUUGCUUUUUCUUCUUAUUUUCACUGCAGCCAAAAUGAAACCUUCACAAACAUGCAUGAAAUUUUCAUCGUCUCAUAUAAGGCUUCAGUAGAAUUUUGCCAGCAAUGUAUAAAAAUUCACUGUCCUGGUGAAAGCUUCUUAACAAAAGUAGGGGUCUGAUACAACUGUAAUUACUCAGUUUCCGUUCUCAUGUCUCUUUCUGUACUUGUCGAAAAUACAUUCCCAGAUUCUUGUUCCUGCAGGUUUGCGUGUUAAUGAAAUGUCAAUAAUGAAGACUGGUCUACAUAUUUGACCAGUGAUAAUAUUAGCUAAUCCUGUGUAUGUAAUAUUGAAUCAAGACAUGACAAGUUUUAAUAGAUAACUCUUUGGCUUUUGUUACGUUGGUGUGAUAUAAAACAAAACUGAGUUUGGAAUAGAAUGUUUUCCAUAAGAGGCAUGAAAAGCAACUACAAUUGUGUUCAAAUGUUAAACUAUUCAGUCUUCUUUGACUAAAAUGUGUACUGUGUAGGCAUUGCAAAAAAAUAUCUCCACCUACUAUAAAGCAUUUCAAUUUUUACAAAGAUUUACUUGUGCCAAAUGUGCAAAGAUUUAAUUUACUGUUUAAAGAAAACCAUAAAAAUGUAUGUUAUAGCACAGAAAGAAGUAUUUUGUCAUCAAGUGAUUUCAAUCCUUAGUGUUAAUAUUUAUAUUUAGAUUAAUUUUUUAUAAAUAAGAAAUAUUUUAAUGGUUUAAACAAAUGAAGACAAUAUAACAAAUCUGUCAGAUUUGGUUUGAGUGGAACUUAACGCUUGCCUUGUUGUUGUGAUCUGCAUUCUUGUCAGGAAUAUUGUCAAGAGAAAUGAUAUAAAACAAAUGAUUUAUGGAAACCA